AUGGAACGAAUGGAAGCACUACUGCAUGAGGCUCAGCUGCGGCUUGAAGAGGCUGAAAGACGCUUCAAUGAAGAAAAACAACAACGUGAAGCAGCAGAGCAGAGAGCACAGGCAUCCGAGCAGCAGACGCAACCCACAACCUUGAGCGAAUACCUCGACGCAUUCUUCGCUAAACUUCAUGUGGAACACAAUCCCGACCGGUUAUCACGAGGUUCUUUGACCAAUCCGCAAAGCAAGCGAUGUCCCACCAACCUGCGGCAAUGGCCAGACUUCCUGGAGCAGCAAAGGCGCAUAUUUGGCCUCCUCCUCGACACCUUUCCUUGCGAUUCGGAUCGGCUCUUCGAGAGCGAGCACUUUCUAACAACCAUGGGCGCCAGAAUCGGCGGACGAACCAUCGCGGACGAGAAAGUCCUAGAGUUCUUCUUGCACAACGCUGUUGAGGAUCCUGUGAGGAAUAUCAUCAAUCAGCUUGUCAAUAUACCAGCCGUCAGGAAGGCAUUUGAUCUUGGCAACGGCAUCGUCUUCGAGAACCACCCUCAUGCGCUGAGUGAAACCGCAGAAGAGGUGAUCGACAGGCAGGCGCGUACAGUACCACCGAGCACGCCGGGACACGGAGAGAACCUGAGGAAACUACAGGCGGACCAGAUCUGUAUCUACCGCUCCGACGACGCCCAAGGGGAUCGGACGAGGGCCUUCAUCUGCGAGUACAAGCCGCCGCACAAGUUGACAGCCCAACAUCUACAUGUCGGCUUGCGCGUCACGGAUAUCUACAAAGAGGUCGUAAACCGGAAGACGAUACCGACUUCAGAAGACCCAGAGGCGCUCUUCGCAUACCACGCCGAAAGGCUGACCGCGUCAGCGAUCACGCAAACGUACCAUUACAUGAUCGAAGGUGGCCUCGAGAAAAGCCUCUUGACAACCGGCGAGGCCAUCGUGUUCUUCAAGAUUGAUUGGAAGGAUCCAGAGACACUUUAUUACCACUUGGCGGUGCCGAGCGCCGAAGUUGCUGCCCAAUCGAAGGACGCGCAUCUUUGUACAGCCGUCGCUCAGUAUCUGGCCUUCACAUUGCUAGCCAUCGACGGGUUAGGAACGCGGUCGCACGGCCAGGAUGAACGCGACCGGGCUACCAAGAAGCUGAACAAAUGGGAGGUGUCAUUUGACCUGACAUACCGGUCAAUCCCCGAAGAGGACCGGUCCUUUCUCUCAGACAGCUCGCCGGGCUACCAACCCCCUACAUACGGCAACAUAGAUCGGUCACCGAUUCGUCCACGAAAAAACCCGCGACGCGGUCAAGGGGACGCCGAUGCCGGCAUCCAGCCCUCGAAACGGGACGACUCGGGCUCCUCGUCGGAUGAGGAGCCCAAUCCAAGAGCGCCGACCACCCCAACGCCCCCCCAACGAACGCAAGAAGGAGCCCGACGUAGUGCGCGCCUAGCUAUGCGACCACGAGGCGGCAGCGUCGAUAACAGCGGGCAACGCCGACAGUUCUGCACCCAGAAGUGCCUUCUUGGUCUGGUCCGAGGACAUGCUCUGGACCAGAGCUGCCCAAACGCUGCGCUUCACCGCCAAGGGGCGACGUUGCAUCGUUGCGCAACCCUCCGCCACCCUGUCAACCACGCACAGUGGUUGAACCUGCUCCGUGCACAACUAGAGAAGACACUCGACGGCGGCAUCACGCCCCUCAAACAGAGCGGCGCUCGCUGUGUGCUUUUCAAGGUAACAUUACUUGCUUAUGGAUACACGUUUGUGAGCAAGGGCACAAUCCGGGCUUUUAUCCCCGAUCUCGAACACGAAGCUGCCGUCUAUCGACGCUUGGAUGAUCUACAGGGUGUCAUUGUGCCAGUGUUCCUCGGCGCCAUCGAUCUGCGAUCCAUGAACAAAACAUACUUUUUGGACCUCAGAGUGUACAUAGUGCACCUGACAUUCCUGGCAUGGGGCGGGGAAAGUCUCUAUGAGGCACAAGGGGCUGCGUAUAUCACGGAGCAGCAAGUUAAAGGCAGCUUGCGUGCCAUACAUCAGCAUGGUGUGAUACAUAACGAUGUGCGAGCUGAGAACAUCCUGCUCUGUCGGGAAACCAACGAGGUGAUGAUGAUUGAUUUCGAGCGGGCAGUGCUAUUGCAACCGUCACGACCUCCCCUCGCAACGAUGACGCCGAACAAGCGUCUCUUACUGCAAGACACACCCCGCGAGCGAAAGCGUCACAAAUCGCGUCGGAUGACGAGAUGCUUUGCGGAGGACAUUUUGAUGGCGAGUGGUCUUUUCGUCACCACCAAUACGGACCCGGUGGAUUUCAAGGGAGAACAACACAUGAUUUUGAGGAGACGAAAGGAUGCAGAAAUCAUACAUCCUUUCAUUCAAGGCUUGGUCAAGUCCGUCACAGCUGACAUUUUCCAAUGCCCGGCAUCCGCAAGCCAGGCUCCUAUAUCGGACGAAUGGAAGGUCAUACUCCAUUCAGUACCACCACAUUCUACUACGCGGUAUGAUGCGGACGUAGGAUUCAGUUAG